GUCGCGACGAGAGAUCAAUUAUUCGCGGCCGUUCGUGCACCACGCCGCACCGCACCGCACCGCUCCGUUCCAUUCCGUCCGUUCGUCCCGUCCCGUCCCGUCUCGUUUCGUCGAGUCGUCGUCGCUCCGCAGAGCGCACGGUGUGCGUUGUUCCGUGCGCGUCGCGUAGUACGCAGCGCGCUCGCUCAGCUGUUGUCUCGGCUGAAGUGAAGUGACAGUAUCCGCGUAUCGCGGUGGUGCGCGAUGUGGAAAUCAAUUUCGUGAAGGCGGCGGCGGCAGCGGCGGCGGCGGCGCAGCGGCGGCGGUGGUCGAGGUGGCCCGCGGUAAAGCGGCAGCGCGUUGCAACUGCUGCUGCCUGGAAACCCGCGUCGGAAAAGAUGAACGGGAGUCUGGGGAUAACGCGCGGCCCGGAGCAACAUCCAUUGCGAUUCGCGGAUUACUUCGUCAUAUGCAGCCUCGACAAGGACUCGGGUCUUGAGCCGGACAGGUACUUCGGUGACUCAUUGCAGUGCACACCCCUGGACCGAGCAUACAAAAGCAAAGUAUUAGGACAUUAUCCAGACUCGGUACCAUGGAAUCCAUUCGACGAACACGCUGUCUGCAUGCUUUGUCUGCCAAGCGGUUUGCGAUUUCGUACGCAAAAGCACUCGGUGGAGCCGACCUUCCACUCCUUCGUCCUCACGAAAGAAGAUGGUCACAGGACGUACGGAUUCAGCCUCGUUUUUUACGAGGAGUGCCGCAAUCGCAAAAUAUGUGCCGCUAUGCAAACGCUACAGGCGAUGCACAUCACAGAGCUCAGCAGCGGUCAAAACGGCACGCCUCCCACUGCGAGGAAGGGUCAGGAUGGACAUAACACGAGAUCGCUGCCACGUCAUUUUAAAUUGUCAGCCCAUUCGCCCAGUGCUGCGUUAGGAUACUAUGACUCUACCAAAGACAAGUUGCUAGUGACCAAAUCAAUAUCCUUGCUAUGCCAACAACCUUACCUCCACGCUGCAAAGAUGUUCCUCACUAAUCUCUAUAAGUGUGUUCCUAGACAUCCCGGACCUGGUCUUAGCUUAGAAUCUUAUGUGUAUAACCUUCUGUAUAACGUACCGAUACCGUUACCUGGCAAAUCGUUGAAGUUCUUUGUACCUAAUGAUGAACCAGCGAAAUCCCCGCUGGAACUGGUUAUUCAUCAACCAUCUCCGUCGCUGGAGCUACCGAUGCUGGAUUAUCCUCUCAAGGAUGUGUUCACGUGGCUGGGUGCAGAUUGCCUAAUUCAGUUGUUCACAUGCGUGUUAUUGGAGAACCAAGUUCUCUUGAGAAGCGCUGAUUUUCACAAGCUGAUGGUAGUAUCGGAGUGUAUAACGGCGCUUUUGUUUCCUUUCUCGUGGCAACAUGUUUACGUACCGAUAUUACCCGCCAGUCUGCAUCACUUCCUCGAUGCACCUGUGCCCUUCAUAAUGGGUCUACAUGCGCACAGUGAGGGUGGUGUAUUAAAAAUCGCUAGCGAAGCAAACCUUUGUUAUGUAGAUAUAGAUAAGCAAAAUAGCCAAUUUCCGGAAGAAUUACCCGUGUUUCCUCAUAAAAUGCAAUUUAUCACUGAGAUCAGAGCGCUUCUAAAUAAGUACAAAAUACCACAUUCAGGAAAGACUGAUAACAUGGUCAUUAAUUAUUAUAAUGGUGACAUCAUGACUAGUAGCUUGACGCUUCCCGGUUCUGGUUUUCAUCUUCCUCGCAGAAAACAUUCUUUGCACGAUGUGCUGGAUUGGGAUCGACCGGAACCAGGGCCACAGUCGGACAACCUGCAAAGAAUAGUGGAUAUUGUUAAGAGAACAGUCAACAUGGAUGAUAUUGAUCCUAUAGAAGAUACCACGGAAAAAAUACUCACGCCACAAGAGGAAUAUCAAGAGACUCUUAUCUUCAAUAAUGCAAUGAGGGAGAUCUUUUUGAACCGUUUUGUACAAAUGUUUUCUAGUUACGAACAUUUUGUUAUUCAACCGAGUCAGGAUAAGGAUGAAUGGAUAAACAAUAGGGAUAGUAUGCAUGUUUUCGACAAGGCCACGUUUUUAUCUGAUCAGCCAACCCAGCAUCUACCGUUUUUAUCGAGAUUCCUGGAAACGCAGAUGUUCGCUUCUCUUGUCGACAGCAAAGUGAUGUCGACGUGGAGCGAACUUGACUGCAACAUUAAAGUUUUUGAUCAAAGGAUCUCCGCUCUAAAAAAGAAAGUUGGAGAGAGCAUCAUACGAUCAAUGCGAUACGAGCCUUGCACGAAUAUCGCAGAUACGCAACAAAUACUCGAGCAGAGAUUAAAUAGCAUAGAUUUUGAAACAAAUCCACCUACAGAGAUUCUUCCUCAUAGAGCUGCAUAUUUUCGAAGUUUUCCAUUACUGGAUAACGUCGCGUUGAAUAAAGAGCCUGCUCAAAGUAUACUUCGUAGUAGAAGAGGGCAGACACAAUGGAAAUACAAAAUGAAAUCCAUGGAUACAAAUGGAAAGCCUGCAAUAUCCCAAGAAUCUCAAUCACCUCGACCUCAAACUAAGCUCUCGGCGGACAUGAGCCCCGCUUUAAUAGCACAAGCUAAUUGGACAUUUGUAGAAAAAUUGCUCAAGGAUUGUAAAUCCAAGACAAAGAGAAUGUUAGUAGAGAAGAUGGGAUCAGAAGCUGUCGCGCUUGGUCACGGGGGUGAAUCUCUGUCUGACGUCGAAGAAAACACUUUAGUCGCUAGUCUCUGUGAUUUGUUGGAACGCGUGUGGAGCCACGGAUUACAAAACAAGCAGGGCAAGAGUGCUCUUUGGUCGCAUUUGACUAUGUACUACGAAACAGUAGAAUGUAAUGAUGCGACUAAGUCUAUAGAUCCCAACUUUCUUUCCCCUGCUAAGAAAUCUCUGAAUAAAUUUUCCGGGAUACGGAAUCAUUUGGUUUCAUCUUUGAGGGGCAAAAGUUUUAUUGAAAUUGCUUAUUACAUCAAGGACAAUUUUAAUGAUUUGUCGAAUUUGCAAUUGGAGACGGACGUUUCACCCACAAGAGGUACGGAUAAGCACAAAUCUCCCGGUGAAAGGAAAACCGUCGGUCCUGAACACUUGAGGCCUCUCCCGGAUUCUCUAAUCUUUGACAUUCGCAACGUUCAAGCGAUGACUGAUAUUAAAACACAUAUUGGAUAUGCAAGAGCGUGGGUGCGGUUAGCGCUCGAGAAGAAAUUAUUGUCGCGCCAUUUGAAGACGUUACUGUCGGACACUGGUCUAUUGAGGAGCCAAUACAAGCGAUCAGCGUUCUUACGCUGUGAAGAAGAGAAAGAGCAAUUCUUGUAUCACCUUCUGACACUGAAUGCUGUUGACUAUUUCUGCUUCACGAAUAACUAUCCGACGACGAAGUUACCCUAUCGAGUUGUGAUAUUUCCCAGUCGAAAGGCAAGCGCUGCCACAACUUCGGCUAAUAGUUGGAUCGCUAUUUCUGGUACACUCUGCGAAACUAAUCCUGUACCCAUACCAAAGGGAGCACUUGAAUUUGUAUUUCAUCAUAAAAAUUUAGGUGUGUUGUCUACGUUACGGAUUGGACAUGAUAAUACUGGAUUAUCGCCCAAAUGGAUGGUGGAACACGUUGUAGUGAGAAAUGAAGUAACUGGACAUACAUUUAAGUUUCCCUGUGGUCGUUGGCUUGGCAGAGGAAUAGAUGACGGAUCUACCGAACGUUUAUUAGUAGGUGCUUUAGUACCUCGAAGUAUUGAUAGUGAAGAGUUAGUAGAAUCGUGCUCCACACCGCCAAGAUGUAGAUCCCCGAGUAUACCUAGACGUCCUAUAUUGUCGCAAGUUGAACUGCAACACAUGCUCGGUGAAGCUGUUAACGCAAUAGUUAAAUAUCACUAUAGAAGAGAAUGUCAAGAUGGUUCCUUGACAGCACUAUUAUGCGGAGAAGGUGGUUUGGUGCCGUCCUUGGAACAGAUAUUUUUAUUUGGCUUUAAAAAUCAGAGAAUAUUUGGAAGAAACUUUUACGUGUGGGAUUACCUCUUGCGUGUAAAAGAAAAUUUCGAGAUUUCUUUGCUGGAGGAAAUGGACGAGGAGGAAAUGGACGAGUAUUCUCAAAGACUCAACCGAGAUAGAAGAGUAUACACAGAAAGCAGCCAAAGAUUUACGAUCUUGAGAUGCUAUUGUCAUCUCAUUGAUCAAAUCAAUAUGUUUAGUCAAACUUUAGGAAAAGAUGGAAAAUUUCAGUUAUUUAUCUGUUUAGCAGUGAGAGAGCAGCUUCUUCAUCCAAUGCUGCGGCCAAUGAGUGAUGCGCGUUCUACAAUGGAUAUGUACGAAGAGAAUUCAUUUUUGAGAAAUCCCACAUUAUUGACCUUCCUUAUUCAUAUUCUUGAGCCGUUGAGCGAGUUCCAUAUUGUUCUCGAGAAGAGCUUGACUCAUGGAAUUUCAAGUAUAUGUUAGUAUUUGCCAAAACGUGUCAAUGUACACUAAUUCGUUGCAAAUAUUCCAUGUUCUUUUGACAAAUGUUGCGAAUCGUGAAAUAUUUCUCUCACAAAUGAUACGUCCGACUUUCCAAGAUUAUCAGUAAGAAACUGUCUAUUAAUGUUUUUAAUUAUUAAUGAAAUUAGGACGAUCAAGCCUUGCAUAUAUAGAAACAGAUAUUAACUGAUAAAAAAUUGAUUAACUAAACAAUAACAAAUAAACUCGAUUGUUAUUAUAUAUGGGACGAUAAAAAAACUUGGAAAAUUUCAUUAUUAAGAGAGAUUAGAUGGAUUUAAUAUUAAAACUGAAGACUGUUAUGGGGAUGUGGCUGUACAAUAUGCUUUCACGAAUAACAAGUUAGCGGCGAGAGAUUAACGAGAAAUUUAUUAGAUGUAACAUUAAACAACAACAUAAAUCUCGUUCAGGUUUUUGAAGCUUACGAUAUUAUCGUCAGUGAUAAGAAAUUAAUGUAUAAUUUAGAAUAUAUUUGGCCCGAUCUUGCCAUAGUUAUUAAUACGGUAAAAGUGAUGUUCGUUGAAAUAUUGAUAAUGACAAAUUGUGUACCAAAGAUGUGAUCCUAUUUAAUCAAUAUCAUUUUACAUUAUUAUUGAGUUAGAUAUUAAGUUUCUUUAUCAUUACGUGUUGUAUAUUUUUAAUGCAUGCAAAAUAUUUUUUAAAAUAAUUUUUAUACUAAUACAUGUGGAAUAACGAUGAUUUUUUUCUUCCGCGCGAAGAUAGAAAGUUUUCUAAUAUGUACGAAGAAUUAUCAAAAUAUCCACACAUAAUUUGAUGGAUGAAUCUUGGACAAUGAUUUUUACAUAGAAAAGACAAAAAAUAAUAAUUAUUUUUAAUGGCUGUGCUUUGAUUCUUGAAAUCGAAUAUAAUUUUAUCAAACAUGAGUACUAACAUGACAUUUUUAUGUUAUAUGUAUAAUUAUUGUACAUGCAACUUUAAGGUGUAUAUGUUCCGAGGAUUAUACGUACGAAAAUCUUAUAAUUUUAUUAAAAUAACUAUUUUUGUCCUCUGGAUACUUAACAGAUUUAUACUUGAGAUAAUUAUUAUUUAUUUAAUGUAUAAUCUAAUUAUUUAUGCAGAAAAAAUUUAUAUUAAUCAUAAUUGCAGUACAUGAGGGCAAGAAUUGUCACUGAAUUGAAUUUUAUCAUAAAUGGACCAAAUAACGUAAGCAUUUUUAGUUUGGCGUAUUUUUGUUCAUUUUUGUUAAACCAAAGUAUAAGUUAUUAGAAAGAUUUGUUCAUUUGUUUCGAUAUUCUUUAAUCUCAUACUCAUGAAACAAGAAACAUGAACGGGCGAAACUUUUUGAUCAAAUAUUGUCUGAUCAGAAGGUAUUGAUAUCGUUAUAAAUUUGAUAUACUCAGCUAGUUUUUGUAAACUCAUAAAAUGGGAUAAUAUUGUACACUGUAAAAAAAUAAUUCCUCAAGUACAAUCGAGUGUCUCUCAUUGACUCAGAACUUCAUUAGAUAACUAAGAACUAAGAAUCGUGUUUGAUACAUCUUUCAAUACUUAAUUUCACAAUGUUAUACGCAUUGUGUGGCGAAUUUCUCGUUAUCGUGGCCAAAUAUGAGAUUAUGAUCAUAUGCACUUAUAUAUAUCCAUCCAAAAUUUUAAUAUUGAUAUAUAUUUCAUUUCAAAGUCCUUGACGAUUUAACGUAUAAUGUGAAUAUUAUAUUUAAUGUGAUGCAAUAUCGUUUUUAGUUUUCUAAUUUACUUUUGUUCUAUACAUAAAUAUACAAGAUUAAAAUAAAUCAGAUAAAUAUACACACACACAUAUAUAUAUAUAUAUAUAUAUAUAUAACAAGUAAGAGAACCAAAAUAGAAGUUGGAAUAAUUUUGUUAUGCAUUCUAUUGCUUUAAUUUCCUGCAUUUCAUUAUGUAAUUGUAGCAAGGUAUAUGGCUGAUGCACAGAGUCUAGAUGUAUACGUUAUAAUCUUUCCUUCAUUUGCCGGUUAAACUUCCAUUGUCGAAAACACUUUUCAACAUUUGCUACGAAGAGUGUAAGUUCCUUGAAAAUAAACUAACUUUAACAGACUUUCCGGAAUCAAAAGUAUUUUGUGCAAAGUAAUAUUUCUGUAACGCGCUAAUCUCAGGUAUAUACGAUAUAUGUAGAUAUAUAUAGUUGCUUAGAUAUACAUAGUACUCCAUUAUAGAUUUCCUUAAAAUACAUAUUUUAAGUAUUUAAAAAUCAUGAAAACUUAUUUGCCAGGAUAAUAUCAAUAACUUGAAAACACUUGCCUUUUUAUGUCGAUUUCUAAACCAUGUGCUACUACUACUUUAGGAAAUAUGAUUUUCGGAACAAAUCAAUAGAUGAUAUAAUAAGGAGAUUGAUAGAUGUGUGUGGGAUAAAUUCCGAUCUUUACAGACAAAGAAUCUCGAUCCAACAGCGGUCACUUUUUAUCGAAUAUUGUAUUCUUCCCUGAACGUACGUUGGAUAUAUUUAAUUGUAAUAUCGGUAGCUAUGCCUCCUUCCUUUGUAAUUUAUUUUGAGAUUUUAAUGUUCCUGCAAGCCUUUUUUGCUUUUAAAUGUAUCAAUUCUACCUAAGUUAAAUAAACUUUCUUCCUCCACGAUACUCAUGGCUGUAGCCAUUAAAUUGGAUGACCUAGCCGAUGUUUACAGGCCGCCUCUAUUAGUUUCUUUAAUUUUCAAAAAUGCCGAGAUGAAGCUAAGUUAAUAAUAUCGUAGCCAGGUCAGGAAGUCCAGGCAUAACAAACAUACUUUCCUGUUUCCUUUUUUUCUUUUUUAGUUCCAAAGACCUAAAUAUUUCAUGUUACGUCGUCAAGGAUUCGCGACCGCACUUUAAUCAGUUAGCUAGCAAUGUAUUUACACUGCGGUAUUUAAAAGACAAGAGUUAUUUGUUUUAAAAAUGCAUUUUAAGGAAAUUCGCCUCUAUUCUAAUUGUCUUCUAGCGAGAAGAAAAAAAAUUUGUUUUGCGAAAAGAUUCUAAGAUUUUAAAUCGGUACGUCACAUUUGUUAAGCAAAAAACUUAUAGUGUUGUUGUAAAACUUAUGUAGCUGAUAUAUAUUGUGAUCAUUUUAGACUGACGACUAAUUUACUUUUGUAAGUGUACAUCAUGUCUCUUUUAUGUCAAGGUACAUCCUCGUAGCUGGAUUUUAUAUAAUCACGUUGAAGUGGAGCUGCAGUUGUAUAUGAGAUCGAACAAUUUCAUGACAAACAUUUUAUAUAAAUACUUUUCGAAAUAUGCAGGGUGUUCGGGUCAACGGGUAGAAGACCAUUUAAGGCAUAAUUCUAGAUGAUGAAAUAAAAUAGAAAACAAGAUAACUAAAAUACGGAUGCUUUAUUUUUUUUUUAAUUAUAAAUGUCUAAAUAAUUACGUAGUUUAAGCACUUUUUACAUAAAUAUUAAAAAAUUAAGAAUUACAAAGUCGAAAAUAAAAAUCAAGAAUAAAAGUCGCUAGAGACUUCAUUUUUUAAUUAUAAUUAAAUUUCUGCAUAAUCACAUAUUUUAGGUACUUUUACAUAAAUAUUUAAAUGCUUAUAACUAAAAAACGAAGUUAAUCGCAAGCUUGAUUUCUAUCUUAUUCUAUUGUCUAGAAUCACGUCUAAGUUUUCAUUCGCCUAUUGCCUAAUACACACUGUAUGUGUCCUUCAUUAGUGUUAUAUUAUGUGCACCUUGUAAAAUGUAUAAUAUAACCGGUUCGUGCAGUACAAAAUUGUACAAACAAAGCUAUAUUAUAUAGGCGGCAUCGAUGAGGAUACAUGGCAGUGAUGCUUCCACGUGAGCUCAUUAACCGUGCAAAUUCAAUAUUUAUUGUAGCCUAUAAUUCUCAAUAAUUUCGUAUCCCACUCUUUACGAAAUUAUUGCUCUGCUGUAUAUACGUGAAAAUAAUUAUAAAGUUUCCCCUAUUGUACAAGAAGUUUUACAAAGCAUUCAUCAUGUAAGAUGUAUACACAUACACACACUCUGAUGGCUAAACCUAAAAAAAUAGCUAGAUUACGCAUAGAAUCUGCUAUAAAUUUCUGCCAGAAGGACAACAGAAUCUAUAAUAUCUGCAAAAUGCUGCUAGAAAUCUGACAUUUUCUAUGAUAUUCUAUGCCAGUAGAUUGACAGUAGAAAUUAAAUACAUCCUGUUAACAGAAUCUGAUAACAGAUUUCGACAGAAAUCAAGUAGAAUCCGCACUAAUUGAUUUCUACUGCCAGUGUGGCAUAGAAUGUCAUAAAACAGGUUCAUUUACAGAACGUAAGCAGACUGACCACAGAUGUGAUCGAUCUGCUAACAUUUUCUGAUUCAAUCUUUUUGUCGAUGUUCAGCUAACAUUUUCCUGAUUAGAUAUGUAUAAUAUAUACACACACAUACACAUACACACAUAGAUACAUGCACACCUAUGUGUAUAUAUACAUACUUUGUAAGGUAUAUUAUGUACAGUAGAAAUAAAUCAUUAUCACAAGAA